GUUGACAAACAAAAUGGCAAGUAAACUCCCUGAAACUAAACUUCAAAACGAAAAAGGGCUGAAGCUCUACUGUAGAUAUUGGAAUGAAGAUGAACAACAAGAGAAAACCGACAUAAAGGGCUUGGUGUUGAUAGUUCAUGGGUAUUGUGAACACUGCCUCUUUUACACGGAACUUGCAGAGCUACUGAAGAAACAGGGGUUCUAUGUGUUUUCACAUGAUCAUGUUGGACAUGGCCAGAGUGAUGGAGACCGAGCCCACAUUCACAGCUUUGACGAGUAUGUGCAGGACGUUUUGUUUCAUGUGGACAAAGUAAAGCAAGAAUUUCCAGGAAAGCCCACCUUUUUGCUCGGACAUUCAAUGGGAGGCACAAUCUCUGUGUUAACAGCGAUGUCAAGGCCUGACUUCUUCAAGGGGGUAGUUCUCAUAGCACCCCUUAUUGUUCCAGAUAAAAAGGCAGCUUCACCCUGGAAAGUUGCAGCUGGAAAGAUGGCAGCUAAAGUCUUGCCUCAGAUGAUUAUAGCAAAGAUUGACCCCAAAAAUGUGACCAGAGAAGAAGAAAAUGUGAAGAAAUACAUUGAAGAUCCGUUAGUUUUUCAUGGUGGAAUAAAAUGCAGGUGGGGUGUUGCUAUGCUGGAUGCCUUGAUGAGGAUCAAGUCAAGCUUCCCGGAGAUACAAUGGCCGUUUCUGAUUCUACAUGGCACCAAGGAUGCUCUGUGUGAGCUGGAGGGCUCACAGCUGAUGUAUGAUAAGGCUUCCAGCACGGAUAAAAAGCUGAAGAUCUUCGACGGGGCUUAUCAUCAGCUACAUAAGGAGUUGCCUGAAGUGAAGAAUGAGACAUUUGACCUGAUAUCUUCCUGGCUCAACUCCCACGCCUAGCAGAAGCCAUUUUGACUGUCAACACAAGAAAGUUUAUGAUUGCUCUAUCUUGCCAAACAAAGAGAAAUCAUGGAACAAAGUUUUACUGUUUAAAAUGUAAUUAUGCAGUGUUUUAACAACGAAUCAGGCAACCAUUUAUUGGUAUUUUUUCUGGUGUACAUGUACAUUCCUUUGAAUUCAUUUAGAUUAUUCUUGAUGUUUUUUUUUUGCUUGCACAUUUAGUCUUCCCAACUUUUAAUGGUGAAGAAAUUUGAAAUAUCUAAUAUUUCUGUGUUCCAUGUAUAUUCAUGAUCAUAAUAAUCAAAAUUAAUGUAUGUAGAUAGUGUAAGACAUAAUGUUGAUAAUUAUGUUCAAUCAGGUUUGUAUUUUCGAAUCAUAUACCUGUAUUAUGUGAUUUAGUUGAAACUGCUCAGGACUUUAACAUUCCAUGGAACAUGGUUCUGUUCUUCAUUAUACCCCCCAAAACAAAGUUUGGGGGGGGUAUACUGGAAUCGGGUUGUCCGUCUGUCCGUCUGUCUGUCCGUCUGUCCGUCCGUUUUUUUUUUUGUCCGGGAUUCAUCUUUGUCGUUAUUGAACAAAUCUUUUUCAAACUUUCAGAUAUUAAUGGCCAUGAUGUAAACUUGCGCCUCUGUGAAAUUGGUACGGGUCACAUGACCCUGACCAGAGUUAUCUCCCCUUGAUGUGUUAAAGUAGGCAAAAUAAGCCCUGUCCGGGAUUCAUCUUUGUUUUUAUUCAACAAAUCUUUAUCAAACUUUCAGAAAUUAAUGGCCAUGUUGUAAACUUUCGCCUCUGUGAAUUUGGUACAGGUCACAUGACCCUGACUGGAGUUAUCUCCCCUUGAUGUGUUAAAGUAGGCAAAAUAAGCCCUGUCUGGGAUUCAUCUUUGUUAUUAUUCAACAAAUCUUUAUCAAACUUUCAGAAAUUAAUGGCCAUUAAUGACUGGAGUUAUCUCCCCUUGUAGGCAAAAUUAGCUUUGUCCGGCCUAACUCCAGGGCAAACAACCUAGACAUGGAGGGGUGGGGGGUAUUCGUUAGCCUAUGGCUUACAGUUCUAGUUGUUCCAAGAAAUAUAUUUGAUUAAAGGGUUUGUAAUUGCGCACAAUGCAAUAAUUUUUUUUUUUUUAGAUGAGUUUUUUUUCUUAAAUGUGAUCUGAUAUAGUUUUGUAAAUUUUAAUUACACUUGUAAGAAUAUACAUAAGAACUUCCAUUUUUUGUGAAAUAAGUUCAAUUGUUUCCAAAAAUACAUGUAUAAACUCCAAAAAUUUCGAUUUUUAUUAUUUUCUAUUUUUUAUUAAGUAUGCUGCAGUUUCGUAAGUAAAAUAAAUCACUAUUUACAUAAGUGCACAUAUAUUAAAUUUGAUUUUUGUAAACUUGCACCUCAUUUUAUUAACAAUGCUCUAGACAUAUCAGUUUCAGUAAUAGGAAAACAUUACUCUCAGCUCAAGUCAUACUUGUAUAUAUUCAUAUUUGACUAUUAAGUUGACAUUCUGGAUAAGGCCAUUUUUAAGAGUUAUGAGAGAAAAAAUAGGGUAACAUUCAGAUUUCGCAUGGUUUGAAUGAUAAAUGCUAACAUGUUGCCAUUGUGGCAGGCUGUAUUUUGUUCUUGACUGGAUCACUUGCAACAUCAUCUGUUCACUUUAAUAAUUAUACAAUUAAAAGAUUUCCUUCCGUAGUCCUAAGGUUUUAGCUAGAGAGUAAUAGACAGGUGCUACACCCUGCCCUUCCUCCACUCUCACCGGACUCUUCAAUAGACAGGUGCUACACCCUGCCCUUCCUGCCCUCUCCCCGCGUGCUACACCCUGCCCUUCCUCCCCUCUCCCCGCGUCCUACACCCUGCCCUUCCUCCCCUCUCCCCGCGUGCUACACCCUGCCCUUUCUCCCCUCUCCCCGCGUGCUACACCCUGCCCUUCAUCCCCUCUCCCCAGACCCUUCAAUUGACAGGUGCUACACCCUGCCCUUCCUCCCACCUCCCCGGACCCUUCAAAAGACAGGUGCUACACCCUGCCCUUCCUCCCCUCUCCCCGGACCCUUCAAUAGACCGGUGCUACACCCUGCCCUUCCUCCCCUCUCCCCGGACCCUUCUUAGAAUUAAGUUCUUUAUAUAAUCCAAUAGUUUCCCUUUUCUGUUGAGAAGCUUAUUAUAUGAUUAAUACAUACCAGCUUAAACAUGUAUCUGUCAAAACUUAAACUUCAUCAAUUAAACACAAUCAUUUCUAUCAUUUUUUGUCAAAUGUACAAUAUUUAGGUUAUCCACAGCCCAACACAAUGUACCCUUUUGAACCUAAGCACCCUUUCCCAUUUUAACUAUACCCUGCCCUUUUUAAAACCUGGCUAAAACCCUAUAGGUCCAUUUGCCAUAACGUAAACUUAUGUUAUGUUUAGCAGGUAGUCUAAAGUCAACGCAAAUUUUAAUGUUUUAGUAUCAUGUGUUUUAAUCUUACUUGAAAAUAUGACCAGCUUUUUUAAAGAUAGUUAAUCAUGGAGUGUUUUAGAAAUUUUAUCUGUGAUAAAAAUGUUCAAUUUUAGUAUUACUGUUUACUGUUGAUUAAAUUUAUUCAUUAAGCAUUGAAGAUGAUUUUAUGCUUCCAAAAAGAUGGAAAACUUCCCCAUGGGUAGGAGGUGGUGUGAUGGGACCUUUUUCAGUCCGGUUGUAGUUUUUUGAAGUCAGGUUAACUUACAUUAAUAUGUAACCUUUUCUAAAUAGAGGACGUAAAAAUCCAAGUUAAAUCCUUAUCUUCCAAUAAAUUGCCUCAUUCUUUGAUUUGGAAGUGAUUAUUUCACAUGAAGACUGUGUUACACUAUAUGUCGACAGAGUUACGUUGUAUUCUAUUUUGUUAGAAAUACACCAUUAAUUUACUAAACUGUAUUUUUACAUUUACAUUCCUUUAAAUAUUCUUCCAAUGUAUUCAGUUCAGGGAUCAGUAACUUCAACCAUUCAUCACAUAUCAUAAAACCUUGGUGAGAAACAAAUUGUAAUAAUGUUAUGGCAUUAUAUAGAGUGACUUGCUCUACCAAGUAUGUUCAAAUAUUUGCUUUUUAAGCAGGAUAAUAAUUAAGGGCAUAUAGAAUAUUUAGUUUAAUAAUGGCAAAUUCAUUUGUGUUCAUUCUUACGGUUUUUAUUAUCUCACAGAACUGAAAGAACUUGUAUCAUUAUAUGCCUUUGGUAUUUGUGUAAAGUUCUUACACUGAUAUAUAUAUAUGUUUAUAUAUCUUAACUACAUAUCAUUUCUACUCAAUCGGUGUGAUAUAUCUAUUAUAUAUAACUUUAUUAACAAAAAUAUUUUUUUAAUUAUAUUUUUAUUUGUUUAUUUAAUUUUAUUUGUUUUAAACAUGAUAUUUUAAGCGAUUUUAUGUGUUUAAUUCGGUAGUUGUAUGUUUGGGCAGCUCUGUUGCCAGUGAUGGCAGUUGAUGUACCUUGUAGAACCUUUGUUAAUCAUGUGAUAUUUUGUAUUCAUUUACACUGAUAAUAGUGAAUUUGUGAGAUAUGGUUUUACUUUUGUAAUAUUAUUUACAUAAACAUAUUGUAUAUAGGUAAUAAACAACAUAUCAUUUAA